CCCACCACUGUUAUACCGUUAUAUAGAGGGUCUGUAUUUUUGUUCGUUUGGGGGAGGAACAUAAUUAUGGCAACAAAAAAAAUUGAUUUACCACAUGUUUUGCAAAAGCAUGAAUGGGAUUGUGGCCUUGCCUGUAUCCAAAUGAUCUUACUCAAAUUGCAACAAAUAUCUGAUGACUCAGCAUUAUUCAGUAUUCUACCUACACUGGGUAUUGGUGAAAGCAUAUGGACCAUUGAUCUGGCAAAUAUCUUGCGACAUUUUAAUAUCAAUUGUGUGUAUUAUACCAUAACCUGUGGGGUGGAUCCAGGCUACCGGGCUGAGUCUUUUUAUAAGAGCGAUUUUGAUGCCGAACAAGUUCGGGUGAACACAUUGUUUGCAAAGGCGGAGGAAAUGGGUAUAAAGGUUAUAAAAAAAUCCAUAACGUUGGAUGAAAUUAUUUCAAAAUUGAAAAAUGGAUUCAUUGCGAUCAUCCUGGUUGAUUCAAACAUGCUGAAAUGCAACGUUUGCAACUACCCAUGGAAUACAAGUGAUGAUACAUCAUCAGAAUACGAAGGACAUUUCUUAGUACUGUGUGGUUAUGACCCAAACACAGAGGUUAUAUUUUGCAAAAAUCCUUCGUCAUAUGAUGAUGAAUGUUGCAUGGAUAUUUUAUCAAUCGAUCAAGCAAGAAAGAGUUACGGCACAGAUGAGGAUGUUAUAUUUAUAGACAUGAAUCAAGCAACAGCUACUUUCAUAUCAUGA